GGACAGAGUGGGAAAAGGAACAAGCAGAGUUAGAGGCAGGACAAAAUAAGUUAUAUAGACAGCUUUUAUAUAUUUAUAUAUAUAUUUUAAUGUUUUAGAAAAUCGUGGUGGUGGGGGAGAAACAAUAGUGGUGAGAGCGGAUGGACUUGACAGUGUAGUUAGUUAUGGAGUCCCCUUUGAGCAAGAGGAAUCCGGCGAUAAGAUUAGCGGAUUUGGCAGCGACUCAACCUCUUCCUCAUCAGAAUAUGACAGGCUUCCCGGGGCUAGGGGGGCAUCACCCUCACUCCCACCAUGCUCACCACCACCCUGGGGAGAUGGGCAACGACCCCGGAGUGGCACUCACUCCAUUUGGACCCGAGCACAUGGCACAGACAAAUGCUCUCAAACUUAGCCCCUCUCAGCACAUUCAGAGCUAUCCUGAAGCCCAGACCGUCGCAGCGGCAGCAGCAUCCUUCACUUCUACUCAGACCACAGUUGGUUACCCCGUGGCUCCUCACCCUCACUCAGGCUACUCUAACAGCAGGGACUACAUCCUCAGGAGAGAACUCUCAGCCUCGGCUAUGCAUGCACUUGGCGACCAGCAUAGUUCAGCCUCCUCCCCUCAUCACCAUGGCAUGUUCAUCUCCCCAACAGGUGCUUAUGGGCACGCCGAGACUUGUGCCCUUCCACUUUUCUCUGGACUCCACGACCAGGCGGCACCAGGUGCCCACCAUCACCAUCACCAUGCCCUCAACGGGCAGAUGCGUUUGGGUCUACCGGGGGACAUCUACGGCAGGCCAGAGCACUUCGUCCACAGGCCCGAGCACUAUGGACCUUCUUCCCUCCACAGCUACAACUCCAUGAACCUCAAUGUGAACAUCGCUUCUGCUCCUCACGGAGCCGCGGGGGCGUUUUUGAGAUACAUGAGGCAGCCCAUCAAGCAAGAGUUAAUCUGCAAAUGGAUUGACCAAGAGCAAACUUCAAAGAAGCCCUGCUCCAAAACGUACAGCACCAUGCAUGAGCUGGUCAACCAUGUCACGGUGGAGCACGUCGGGGGACCGGAGCAGAGCAGUCACGUCUGCUUCUGGGAAGAAUGUCCGCGCGAGGGGAAAGCUUUUAAGGCGAAGUACAAACUAAUAAACCACAUCCGAGUUCACACGGGAGAGAAACCCUUCCCUUGCCCUUUCCCCGGCUGUGGAAAAGUGUUCGCUCGCUCGGAGAAUCUAAAGAUUCAUAAAAGGACACACACAGGAGAGAAGCCUUUCAAGUGCGAGUUUGACGGCUGCGACAGGAAAUUCGCCAACAGCAGUGACCGGAAGAAGCACUCCCACGUCCACACGAGUGACAAGCCUUACUACUGCAAAGUCCGAGGCUGUGACAAGUCCUACACGCACCCCAGCUCGCUGCGAAAGCACAUGAAAGUCCAUUGCAAGUCGCCCCCGCCCCCUUCCUCCAACGUUUCAUACCAUUCCUCUUCGAACCCUCUCAGCGCGCCCCUUUCGCCCGUCUCCGAACCGCACAGGAACCGGUCAGCGAAUCUCUCGCCUCAGGUUACCAACCUUAAUGAGUGGUACGUGUGCCAGGGGAGCGGGGGACCCAACCACCUCCACACCCCCUCCAGCAAUGUGCCAACGACGGACUCGGAAGAGGAGGACUCUUUCAGAAAUGCAGACCCAAGGACAAUGCUCUAAUGUUUACAAACAGAAAAGAAAAAGAAAAUCCCCAAAUUAUCUCCCAACUGUGUAUACGUGUAGUAACCUAAGACCUAAUAAGUGCAUGAGGACUGUACUGACUGUACGCAUAUCAAUUGGACUAUGAAGCAAGAAAUAGCGCUGCGGAUGUCAGAUGAUGAAGAACAAACAACUGCCUUUAAAACGUGCCCUCUUUGUUUCCUUUCUAAAGAGCUGAAUGUAUCAACAUAUCAAGAAGUCUCAAUAUAGAAAAGCUACAAUCACCAGUAUUAUUUGAGAAAAUGAAAUCAUAUAAUAAGAGGGCCAAGGGAAGGCUAAAUAUAGGCUACUGGGAACAUAAAUACAAUGUCAUUCUUAAGGAUAAGCCUUUGGAAAAAAACCUGCAUAGCCUACAUAUGCAGGCUACAUUUACAUGCAUGCAUCGUUUAACAUGAUUAAGUCAUAACUGCUUAAUUAUGCUUACAUUGACAUUGUCCAUAUGAUCGCAACCCCUAGAAAUGUAACAUGUCUUAUUCAUCAAUGUCCAAUCUCAGACAGAAGGGAGAAAACAGACGUUGUGGCUCAUGCAAAGUACAUCAGCCUUGAACACUAAACAUCCCAAAAUGGUGGAGUUCCAUUCCAUUUUUCUUCUGAAAACCUCAUAGUAGAUGCGAGAACUAAUGUAAACAUCCAAUUGAAUUUCGAACACCUGCAGAGAGCGAGAGACAUGUCGCACACACAUGACGCAAUUAAGUCAUAAAUAGGAAUCAAAAUAAUAAUGGCUAACAUGCAAGUGUCUUAAAGGGUUCAUACGUCGUUUUAAUAUUAAUACAAUGACUAUGUUAGGAUAUACAUUUUUUUUUGUCCUAGGCUAUUUAAGAACUAUUUAAGACUACAUUUGAUGCAACAACAAAAAAAUUACACCAGUGUUUUUCACUCGUUAAAGAGUAGACUACGAAUAAGUCCUUCGAGACCCUAAAUAUGUACACUGACAGGUUUUGUCGCUAACGGUCGGAGUUGUAUAUAAUUGUAUUGAUGCUCGUGAUUGUUGUUCUUAGUCUUAAUUACAAAGAAUGUUGUUUUGUACAUUGUAAUUUAUUUGCUGAUAUUAAUGUUGUACUGGAUUUACAGAGACACCAAAGAAUAAUAAUAUUAAUUUUGGUGAAUACGUAGUAGCUUACUGAUGCUUUUGAUCUUGUUCUGUAAAAGAAAAAUAAUUAUUAUUUACUUGAAUAUAGGCAGUGUAAUGUGAAACGUCAUUCCUCUCGCAUGCCCUUUGCAGUGACUGUGUUUUCUCUUUGAGGUGCGUGGUGCCGUUGGUUAUGAUGGAUAAAACGUGUUGGUGAAACAGCUAUGAUUGUGCAGACCCUUGAUGUUCGUGAUGCAAUUGACAGUAUAAAUUCAAGCUAAAGCUGAAUAAACACACAAGGCCGAGUUAAUAGUUAA